UCCAUAUAUUGUUUUACUCUUAUGUAGUUUACGUCCUUGUUUGUUUGGAUGUGUUUAACCUAUAUUUAUUCUGAUACAAAUAGUUAAGUGUAAUAUUUAAGCGUGUAUAUAAAAUCAGAGUGGGAGUUUUACAUUUGAAAUUUCCGUAUAUACCUUGAUGUUUUAAGAUGGGAAAGUCCAGUGAUAGCAGUGGCAGUGAUAGUGAAGAUGAUCGGCGAAAAAGAGAUGAAUUUGCUGAAAGACUAAAAAAGAGAGACAAAGAAAAGACAAGAAAUGUAGUGACAUCUCGAUCAGAUAAGCGAGCAUAUGAAGAGGCAGCAAAAAGACUUAAACUCGAAAAUGAAAAUCGAGAGAAAAUAAUACCUCGAUUACGAGUUGAGUCCAGAAGAAAAUAUUUGGAAAAACGUAAAGAAGAUAAAGUAGCGGAGUUAGAAGCAGACAUAAUCGAUGAUGAAUAUUUAUUUAAUGAGCAAGAGCUCACCGAGCGAGAGAAGAAAGACAGAGAGCACAAGAAGAAACUCCUUACCUUGGCCAAAGAGCAUGAGAAGGCCAGAGAGCUGGAGAAAGUCCAACGUUAUCACAUGCCUCAGGAUACCAAAGAUAGCAAGGACCACUAUGAGGAGGUGGAUGAGAGAGAGAGGAUGCCACACUACGAGCAACGAAAGUGGGAGGAGGAGCAAAUGUCCUCAGCAGUAUUCCACUUCGGUGCCAAGCAGAAGGAUCAACAGCAGCAGGAAUACGACUUGGUGUUGGACAACCAGAUUGACUUCAUACAAGCUCUGUGCAUGCCAGGGAACAGGGACAAGGACAAGGAUAAUGAGGAGGUAACGGAGGCACAACGUAAGAAAAUGAACAUUGAAGAAACCCAACGUAGUCUUCCCAUAUUUCCUUUUAAAGAAGAUUUAAUAGCAGCUAUUAGAGAACACCAGGUAACUAUUGUAUUUACCAACCAAUAG